AUGCCAUCAUAAAACCUUGGUGAAUUUUUGGUAAUGGUACAAAUGUCACUGGGUCAGUAUCCUUUCAAACUGUAAUAUGCAAUAUUGAUUAAUAAGGUAAAAAGGCGUGCCUUUCGAAAAUGAAAGUACAGUUUUUUUAGUCUAUAUGCACUACUGUGAUGAUGUUUUGGGUCUGGUUUAACAGACAUGGUCACUGUAUGCUAGCUUUAUGGAAAAGUCACACAUUUUGCCAGGAUAAUUUUGGGGUUUAAUUAUUUCUUUAAAUCUGUCUGUCUGUGUAGACCCAUUGAGUAACCAGUAUUCUGUCUCACUCGUAGAUCAGAUGGGCAGCAGUUGAUCGCUGUAAGGCUCAAUCUCUCUUAAACCGAUGGAGGUACAUCGAGAUCUUUCACCUCCCUCCGCAGCAGGAGCUCCAGUGUGGACUAAUGCCUCCUCCUCCUCCGUGAUUCCCAACCAAACCUUCCCUCCUCCGUUUCUGUUUCCGACGGAGAACUGGACCGGCGGCCGAACUCCGGAUUACACGCCGGGAGUCGCCGGGAUCCUCAUCCCUCUCGUCUACAUCGCCGUCUGCGUCGUGGGUCUGAUCGGAAACACUCUGGUCAUCCACAUCGUGCUGAGAUAUUCCCAGGCGGAAUCGGUGACCAAUAUCUACAUCCUGAAUCUGGCCAUCGCAGACGAGCUCUUCAUGCUGGGCCUGCCGUUCCUCGCCGUUCAGAACGGCCUGCUCUCCUGGCCCUUCGGAUCGCUCAUGUGUCGCCUGGUCAUGACCGUAGACGCCAUUAACCAGUUCACCAGCAUCUUCUGUCUGACGGUGAUGAGCAUCGACCGCUAUCUGGCUGUGGUGCAUCCUCUCCAGUGCUCUAGGUGGCGCCAACCGCGUGUGGCCAAAACGGUGAACGCCACCGUAUGGGGCGUUUCUUUUGUGGUGGUUUUGCCUGUGGUUGUGUUCGCUGGAGUUCUGCAGGACGACGGGAACUGCAGCAUCGUGUGGCCCGAGCCGGCGGAGGUUUGGAAAGCGGCGUUCAUCGUGUAUACCGCGACUGUUGGGUUCUUCGGUCCUCUGACGGUCAUCUGUCUCUGCUACCUGCUGAUCGUGGUUAAAGUGCGCAGCUCUGGACGAAGAGUCCGCGCCACGUCGAUCCGCCGCCGGAAAUCCGAGCGCAAGAUCACGCGAAUGGUGGUGAUCGUCGUGGCCGUGUUCGUCUUCUGCUGGCUGCCGUUUUACGUCUUAAACAUCGUGAAUCUGCUGGUUCUCCUGCCGGGAGAGUUCAGAGGGCUGUAUUACUUCGUCGUGGUUCUUUCGUACGCCAACAGUUGCGCGAAUCCCAUUCUGUACGGCUUUCUGUCGGAUAACUUUAAAAGAGGUUUCCGGAAAGCCUUGUGCAGGUCCUCCAGGCGCGUGGAAAACCGGGAUCAGCCGCAGGGGACGGGAAUGGUUGCGUUACCGCUAGAAGAGAUUCGAAGGGAACAUCUGAAGGUGAGCGAAGUAGAAGAACACAACGCAGACCGAGAGAUGACGAAACUCCGGAACGGGCGUCACGAGGACGGCGCUGCGGGGGGAAUGGAUGAGCGGCGUGAAGCGACCUCUGACCCCGCAGCUGUCCGUAAUGGAGCGCGGCGGACACACAAACACCUGCCGGAGAACAGUGACGACAAACGCUCGGUCCUGGAGAUCAGCUGCUUGUAAUGUGAAAUGUGAAUGUUCAUUUAUGACUAUUAAAUGCACCAUCCAUUUAACACUGCCAACUGUGACCAAUCAGAAAACACGACCUUUGCUCCUGUUCUUUAUUUGUAUGUCCAUCUGUGAUGAAACUGAUUGUGUUUGCAUGUGCACCAGUAAUGUGAUUUCCAUCAGAGUUAGGACUUAAUCGAGGUUUACAUCACACAAGCAAACCUCUUCACUCCUGUCAUUAUUCUGAUUGUUCACUAAGAAGUGUGCUUAUUUUUACUGCCAUUUUUUUCUCUCUUUUGCAUAAGAAUCUCGAGUCAAGAAGUUCCAGACGCCAAAAUCAGACUUUAUUGGUAGAAACAACAAAGUCGAGAUGCCUGUAUAGAUCCUCUAACAAUUACAUUAGCAAUUUUGUUUUAUAAAUUACUUUCAAACCUGUAUAACCAGUGAGUAACCAAAUCACAUAUCAACUCCCUAGCAACC